AUGGCGACAACAAAUGAAGCAGAUGCGCAGUUUGCGCAACAAAAGUACGCAGAAGAGACAGCAAAGCGUACAAGAGCAGAUGGAAUGGCACAGUACCAACAACUGCAGAACAGUAGCGAGGACCGCCUCCGGAAACUGGCCGACGACCCUUGGGCGGACCAUGAUGCUCUUGACAAGCUGCCUCGGGUCAUCAAGUCUGAAGACCGAGUCAAGUUCCUCAUUGUCGGAGCGGGCAUGGGCGGUAUCGUCAACGCUGUGAAACUGAUAAAGGCUGGCUUGCCAGCAGAUCAGAUUCGCAUCGUUGAAAGUGCUGGAGGUAUUGGAGGCACAUGGUACUGGAAUCGAUAUCCUGGAUUACACUGCGACAUUGAAUCUUAUGUAUACCUGCCAUUGCUCGAGGAUACUGGGUAUAUGCCUCGGCAAAAGUAUGUCUCUGGCGCAGAAAUUCGGUCAUAUCUUGUGAGCCUCGCCAAGAAAUAUGGCCUCGAUGACAAGAUCAUGUAUCGCGCUGAAGUGAACGGACUGCAAUGGUCUGAUGACCAACGGGCCUGGAGGGUCGACAUGACAGUUGGCCACGGGCAGGGUGGUCAAGAAAAGAGCCACUUGUGGGCGAAUGCAGAAUUCAUCUUUUUUGCUACUGGUCUAUUCCCCAUGCCUCAAGUUCCCAAAUUUCCAGGUCUGAGCGGCUUCCAAGGGUCCAUGUUCCAUACAGCUCGCUGGGACUACGAGACCACUGGCGGUUCGAGUGAGGAACCGUUCCCGGCAUUGGAGAAGCUCAAAGGCAAAAGAGUCGGCAUUAUUGGAACAGGUGCCACGGCGAUCCAGGUAGUGCCGCAAGUUGCAAAAUAUGCAGCUGAUUUGUAUGUCUUCCAGCGGACGCCAUCUCAGGUCAACACAAGAGAUCAGAGGGACACAGACCCCGAGGAAUGGAGAAGCAAGAUUGCAGCAAAAAAGGGCUGGCAAGCAUACAGAAUGGACAAUUUUGCCACACAUUUGGCCAAGGGCGCGCCAGACGACCAUGAAAACUUGGUGGGAGACGCGUGGACCAAUUUGAAGACGUACUGCACCAUGAUUGGUGGCGACCACUUUGAAACCAUCACACCAGACAAAGUCCCUGAGCACAUCGGCCGCCUCCUCGCCAUUGACGCAGAGCAAACCGCCAAUGUCCGGGCAAGGGUUGCCCGUGUGGUCAAGGACCAAGAUACGGCCAAAAAGUUGACCCCAUGGUAUCCUACGUGGUGUAAAAGACCAACCUUUAGCGACUUAUACCUCGAAACGUUCAACCAGGAAAAUGUUCAUCUCAUUGACACGGACGGCAAGGGUGUCGAGAGUGUCACUGCUGGCGGCGUUCUAGCAAAUGGCCAGGAGUACUCUGUGGAUGUGCUUAUUCUGAGCACCGGGUACCGUUCUCCAGCAGCAGGCGCUGGAGACCCAUCAGCUCGCGCCGGGAUCACAAUCGUGGGACGAAAUGGUCGCAGCUUCACCGAGAAGUGGGCAUCUGUUGGUGCGUCAACUUUGCACGGAUAUGCCUCCAAUGGUUUCCCGAAUUUCUUUUGGUUUGGCCCGCAUCAGACGGGAGGGACAGCCAACUUUGCCCACAAUAUCGACCUCAUGACCACGCAUAUAGCGUAUAUUGUAGGCCAGGCACAUGAGCGUGUGCGAGGUACCGACCAGGAUCGAGUGGUCGUCGAGGUGUCACAAGAGGCGGAGGAAGCCUGGAGCAUGCGUAUGGCUCAAAGCGCUGCUGCUUUUGCGGGAAAUGGCGUAUGUGGGCCUAGUUAUCUGAACGGUGAAGGCGAGGCCCUCAGAGUGCAGGAUCCAGUGAGUAUGCUUAAAAAGGCCCGAGGGAGCAUUUGGCCUACUGGCAUUGUUGGGUUUGCUCAUGAGUUGGAAGCCUGGAGGGCCGAAGGAAAGCUACAAGGCAUUGAUGUCAGUGUCUUGUGA